ACCAUUUUUAGACAUCAUUGGAUCUACCAUGAAUUUACCUCAAUUAUAUAAUGAGCUUAAUUACCCAUAAUGCGUCAUUGGAAACACAUAAUGCACCACUGCCACAGGGUGCUUGAUCUCUUUUGAGUACCAAGAAGACGGUACCACCAAUAAACUGGUUCAACACAUUCUAUUGAAAUGUAUUUUGAAGAGUUCCAUCGAUACAUGUUUCAUGUACCCACUAAUGAGUAGAAGCCAUAUAAAAUACAGACAUGUUCAUCCCAUUCUUCUAUUUUCAGAACUGAUGUAACACUUUAUGUAAAAGCAAUGUCUGAGACUACGUCAUGAACUUAACAAAUAUGAAUAUCUAAAACAAUACAUUUUAUUUAUUUUUACUUAAAAUACUUUUACCUCCUUUUUGAUAACAACUUGGUAAAAAUGAUGGGAAAACAGAUGAAAAACACGUAGAAACUUUAAUAUUGCAACUUUCCUUGACUUUUGUGGGAAUCAUCGAAUAUGACUUUGUGAUCGCUGUCCUAUAAAGAGAUUGCUGCUGACUGCAGAGUGAUUUAUUCUUUACAACGGUAUACCAACUUUCACAUUAAACCCAACACUUGAACUUUAUCCGGAACAGGUGCGCUGGUAUCAUAUUUCAUUCUAAACACCAACCUAAGUAUUUGUUAUUAAUCACAAAUAACAAGCGAAUGGAUUAGAACUCUGAUUGCUACGGACAUUGUGAGAAGUGUCUCCCUGGUAGAUUGUUUUGCUACAUCAUUAAAAUACAGACUUGUGUCUCUCAUACGUAUAAGGUUUUUUAUAAAAGGAAAAUAUAAAAAAAGGACUUCGUAUUGCCAUCGGUUGAUAGCAAAUUAGAGAGGUUGUAACAUCAACGUGUUGGAAAAAAAAAGGUUUUCUGCUCAUCGAAAUUUAAAUCAAUCACCAUGACAACCCCAAGAAGACGUCGAGCUUCCACGGUCAUCGCAGGAUACACUACACCGGACUUCGUUGACCCGAUAUCAUCGUCGGGUUCGAAGAAAGCAAGCCCACGACCAAAUGGUCUCACUUUUCGAGUUGUCUUACUGGGGGUACCAGGCGUUGGUAAAACUGCUUUGACAGUUCGUUACACUACACGGAGAUUCAUUGGCGAUUACGACCCAACACUAGAAUACCUAUGUCGUCAUCAAACUCGAGUUGAUAGUAAAGAUGUUACCAUGGAAAUACAGGAUACUGCUGGUCAGGAUUAUCUUGGUCAUCGAAGCCGUUACGCGAUUUGGGGAGAUGCUUUUCUCUUCGUGUAUUCAAUCACCGACCGAUACAGCUUUGAGACAGUUGUUAAUUGCAAACGCUCUAUAGAGGACGCUCUUCAAACAUCCCAGAUACCUGGUGUACUGGUCGGCAACAAGAACGAUUUAGACAAUGAAGAUCGCACUGUCUCUCACCUAGAAGGCGUCGAACUCGGUGACGAGCUCGGUCUUCCGUUCUUUGAAGUCUCUGCCAAGGACGGUCAUCAGAUUUGGGACGUCGCCGAUGUCUUUGAAAACUUAUUUCGGGAAUGGAAUCGGAAUAGACAAUUGAAGCCAAAAGGAAAGUCGCGUGCUUCGCUUAGAACCCCUAAUCCAGAAUGGUCUCGUCCAGCUGCGUCACCAUCGACUAUGAACACUUACGAACAUGAUGAUGAUACGAUACAAGCCAGUACGAACUCUACGAGGAAACCCUCAGCGAAUAUGAGAAAGGCAGUGAAUAAACUCAUUCUUAUUCAACGGUUUACAAGGACUAGAUUUUUUUCAAACUAAGAAUUGAUAGGCAUGUGGACAGAUGACCGUGAUGUUAAGAAAGUUGACCGAAAAUGAACACAUUUAUAUGCGAGAUAUAAAGGAAUUCAACAACAUCACAUAAUGAUCAUGAUGACAUGACAUGUAGGAGGGUACGCUUGAUCUUGUGAGCCAUUUGAUAUGAUCUUCUUGGCGUACGUGAAGUUGCUGUACAUUAUUAGUGUAACAUGUUUUCACUUUGUUAACACUUACAUGACUUAUUAAAUGUAUACAUUUUUCAGAUUGUUCCAAUCAUUUUCUAAAGCGCAUGGGGACAAAAUUUUUUGAUUAACUACUGUUUCUAAAACUUUGUCCCAAUUUGACAUUUGAUCAAAUGCAUUAACUUGAAAAGUGCAUUUUCGAGACUUGAUGGCUUCAAUCGUGGUCCAUUAAAGUUUGCAAAAACUUAUAAGAAAAUAUUGUUAUUGGGCCGGGAAGAUGGUGCUGUCUUUAUCAGGGUCCGCAUAAUGAGUUUUGAAAUAGUGUGUUGAUUGGAUGACAGUGCAAAAACACAAUCUGCCGUAAAUAGGAUGGUACACAAUAGUCAAAUUCAAGUUUACUUUCUUUCAUUUCGAAUCAUUACGCAAAUAUGAAAUAAUAACAAUACAAAGGGAAUAAAAAAAAUCGAUAGGAAAUAAGCAGUUUAAUAAUCAUA